AUGUCAACCUCUGCUAAUCUCAUGGCAGAGCACACAGCCCUCUGUGCUGCACUCCAGAAGCUCUCCGAUCUGCUUGAAGAGCAGCCUGAUGAUCACCAGCGCCUCCGAAAAGAGAUGGAGGAACUGCUGAACCAGAUUGAUGAGCUUGAUCAUUUGCUUCAAGAGUUGGAAGAGAGAGCCAGUCAUCCCUCUCCUACCUUUUCUGACGACAGCGCCAACUCUCCUUUCCAUCAGGAUGCUGACGGGUUUACAAGCCCAACGGAUGCUGCAGGCUUCAGUGGUGUCAAUGAGAGUGACACUGACGGCUAUGACGAUGCAGAGGAAGGUAUGAAUUCCCACCUUUGCGAGAAACUUGGGAGGAAGGGUUACGACCGCGAUGCAGUACAUAUAUCCCUUCUCUCAGUUAUCCUCCUCCUUAAAGUGAGACUGCAUCUCUGUGGUGACAUCAUCAACAUCAUGGCCUCUGCCACGGGGAUCCCCCAAGAACAUCCUCAAACUAUCGAGGCAAGAGAAGACGAGCCUCUUUUAGGCGCCCCAGGUGCAGUAACACAGGGAGAUACCGAGGGUAUCUGUCGUAAUCUGAUCAAAGGAACUGCUGCUGUUGCUCAAGCUGGCAUAUUAAUUCUGGCGGCUCUUGUGUGGUCUGGCAUCUUUACGCAUGACUUGAUAUUCUUUUCUGCUCAUCCACUUCUAAACUCUUCCGCCUUGUUCCUCCAAGUACAAGCAGCCCUCAUUCUGCAACCGACCGCGACACCUCAACAAAAGCUCACGGGCACCCGCAUUCACUACACCCUUCAAGCUACAAGCCUGGCCGCAUUUAUCGCAGCUUUUAUCAUCAUCGAGGUGAACAAAGGCGAUCAUCCACGUCUGACGUCCCCCCACGGCAUCCUUGGCUUGAUAACCUACAUCUUCAUCAUCUUCCAGGCUUUGCUAGGAGUUGUGCAGUACUUUUUCCCGGUCAUCAUCCUAGGCAGCCUUGCAGCAGGAAAGAAGCUAUACAAGUAUCACCGUCACCUUGGAUACUUGGUGCUUCUCUUGGAGCUGGCGACGGUGGCAGCGGCCACACAGACAACCUACAAUCUGAACGUGCUGCGUAUUCCUCUCUGGGGUAUUCUUGUGGCCGCAGUACUGGUUGUUGCAGGAGUCGGCGCCAGGAUCAAGAAGCACAAGUUGGGUUUUUGA